UGACGCCCGAUAAGUUUCACUUUCACCUUUGCGUCGACACAGGGAGUUGUGGCGUCUGACAGAACUGGAACGAAUCAAGGUUUUUACCUGAUAACUUUGCGCUAACAAAGAUUCGUUUACGAUAUAUGCACGUGCAUUAUCUUCCGUCACUCCGUGUGACCGAGUAAAAGGGAGUUUUUUGUUUUAGUCUCCGUCGAAAGAGGUACUUCCCUAAAGGGAUUUUUUUGUCGUGCGUCAUCAUCUUCUUUCUACUUUGUACUCUCUCGCCCUUAUCGCAGCUGCGUCCUUGUCGCUUUGCCCGCUGUAAGACAGUCCUCAUCGUCGUUUCAGCGCAGGACCUACUCCUUCCUCCUCCACCGAGUCCAUGGCUCUCACAGACCAACGCGAGCUCCAGGCCAUUAAUCAGAUAGCUGAGGCCCUGAACAGCAGCGAGCGCAGGAAAGUCUUCUACCUGUGUGAAAGCGAGGACACGGAUUACAGCCUGGCCUGUGUGAAGGAAAUGCUGAAAUCCAAAGUGAUGUGCCAGGAAGGAGGGCACUUUUUCCUUGCGGAGCUCUUGUCGCAGCUGAGACGCUUUGACAUCCUGAGGAGGGUGUGUAGUAUCAGCAAGGACGAGGUGGACCGGAUUCCGCAAUGUCAACAGGUUCUGUCAACAUUCAGAGUAUUGAUGGCUCAUAUAAGUGAGGAUUUGGCCAGUGAAGAUCUGAACAAUGUGAAGUUCUUGAUGGGCAGCACGUUGCCUCGUGAGACCAUGGAAAACGCAAAGAAUUUCCUGGAUGUGAUCAGUGAACUUGAGAGGCUGGAUCUAGUUUCACCUGAAAGAGUCGACAUUGUGGAGCAGUGUUUGAAAAACAUCGGCAGGGUUGACCUCGCCAAAAAAGUGACUAAGUACAAGAUGUCAGCAGUUGGAGCACCUGAAGGGCAGUCAUCUCAACAGGAAUGGUGCAGAGCUCCUUGUACACCCCUCGCUCCUCGGAGUUCCCAUUCUCUGCAGCAAACAAUAGGAGGACAGUCCCUCAAUGCUGAAAACAUUCCAGCCCCCGUACACAUGGAGCGGAGCACCCAGAGUCUACUGGAUCGCUACAAAUUCAACACUACUCCCAGAGGAGUCUGUGUUAUCAUAGACUGCGUGGGUAAUGACGGAGACAUGUUGGAACAAACAUUUAAGGCUCUUCACUUCAAGGUGGUGCUCCACAAGUACCUGAGUGUGGAUGACACUUACUCAACCCUCAGAGACAUAUCCCGAGACCGAGAGAACCUCAAAGGCGAUGCCUUUGUGUGUUGCAUCAUCAGCCGUGGUAGGGGAACUCAACUCCUGGGUGUGGACACGCACAGUAACGGCCUACAACUGAACACUGUCAGACGUCUUUUCACUGCUGAUGCGUGCCCCAUGAUAGCGGGAAAGCCCAAACUGUUCUUCACCCAGACGUACAACGGACCCGAGUUCCAGCCCCGCGAUGCGAUGCACCAUCAGGAUGAGGAUCUUGAGACAGACGGCUGUCAUGGGCUGCCCAGAUAUGAUAUUAUCCCCACAGAUGCCGACGUGUUCUGGAGCCACUCCUGGACGGACGAACGUCAACUGGAGCAAGGACAUCAUCGCUCCAUGUACCUGAAGGCUCUGACAGAUUCCUUGCUCAAAGGCCGAAAGAGGAAGCUUGUUGAUAUUCACACCGAGGUGAAUGGGGCAAUCUUUGAUCACAACAAAAGGAAUCCUGCAGCAAACUACCACAUCGAUCUGAAACAUACUCUACGGAAAGAUCUUUACUUGCAAUAGAGGAUGUUGUACAAUCAUGUUCAACUCCCCAUAAUAAGAUGUGGAUAGAUGGACUUAAAGAGUUUGUUAAUGUUAAUAUAUACAUAUUUUGUAUUAUUAUGUGAGACAGUAAUGGACAGGGUCACAAUGAAGUGCUUAACGAGACGGUGGUGCAUGGUGAGGACAUUUCUGCUUUUUUUUACUGUGUAUACAGAGACACCUACUGGUUGUAUAAAUUGUUAAAUAUUUGAAAAUUUCACCUAGUGACCUGAAAAAGCAGUGGACAAACGUACUCAUAGGAAUAAACAAUAUUGAAAGAGUAACACCACCAUAGCAUCUCGCCACCCUCCCCCCCACACACACACCAACACAAACAUCGACAACUUAACAAUAACAGCAUAAUCAACAAAACAAUCAUUUUAUUGCAUAUUAUUAUUUUUGCAAACAAAAGCUGAAUAAAGUACACUGUGUUAUGUUUAAAUCUUACUCAACAAACUGACAUUUAAUCACAGCAUCAAUCAUAUCUAACUUUUUUCAUUUAUUGUUUUUUACCUGAGUGGGAUAGUGCAGCUAAAAAGUGCAUGAAGAGAAACUUUCUACAUUCUGUGCACUAGUAUAUAUCUUGUGUUUCAUUAUUUUGAUUUGAGCUCCAUUUUCAAGGUUUUCUAAAGGUUUUGGCUUUUUUAUAAAAGUAAUAUAUAUAUAUAUAUAGCUUUGUAAAGAAGUCAAAACCUUUAUAUACAAUAUGUCAAUAUACCCAUUGAUAUUUGAAGCUUUUAAUGGGUUCAUGUAUUACCUUCAAUGUGAUUUUACAAUAUUAUAUAUUUCUAACUUUUGUGAAUAAAAAAAUGUCAAAUGUG